UUCAAUGAUUUACAUUAGUUAUUUUGGGUGGGUUGGUUGCAAAUCAAGUUUUAUGUUGUGUACAUUAUUGCAAUUUAACCAUACAAAUGCUAUAUGUCUUAUAUUAAUUUUGUACAACUGAUAGGUUGAAAUCAGCGUAUGUUGUUGAAAUCAGCGUAUGAUGUUGCAUACCUAAAAUUCUUGCCUUUUUAAUUUCAGAUAUCUACAACUAGGUAUAAUUAAAUUGCUGUUGUAGUAUUGCCUGAAGUUAUAUAGAAAUGGAUGGAGAUGAAGAGAUAUAUUACGAUUGUUCAAAUAUAACACCAGAUGAGACAAGCUGUGAUUUAGAUGGCAAGUUCCAUUCUGUUCAUCACUCACUUUAUAAUGAGUCUACAGGGGCCAAUGAAAAGGGGGCAACAAAAGAAUUUAAGCCUUCAAGAUUAAUGGAGCAUAAAGAAGAAAAUGCAAAAAUAGAAGAACUGCUUUCUAAAGAACAAUUGAAAAGUAAAUCAAUUUCUUUUAAAGUUAAAGGUAAUGAGAAAUACAAGUGGAAACAAUAUUCUGAAGCAAAGAAUCUGUAUACUGAAGGAUUAAACAUUUGUCCUAUAAGUUAUAAUAAAGAGCGAGCGGUCUUGUAUGCAAACCGCGGUGCAUGUCACAUAAAUCUUGGAGAAAAAGUUGAAGCAAUUGAAGAUUGUUCAAAAGCCAUUAAUUUAAACUCUGAUUAUAUUCGCGCUUGGUUACGCAGAGCUCAACUGUAUGAGCAAACUGAAAAUCUUGACGCAGCAUUAGAAGAUUAUGAAGUGGUAUUAAAAAAGGAUCCAUCUUUACAUCAAGCUAGAGAUGCUGUGUUUCGGCUUACAGAAGAAAUAAAUCAACGCAAUGAAAAACUUAAACAAGAAAUGCUUGGAAAGUUGAAAGAUAUUGGUAACCUAAUGCUACGACCUUUUGGAAUGUCGACAGACAAUUUUCUAGUUCAACAAAAUGAAACUGGUUCUUACAACAUAGAAUUUUCACAAAAUGCACCUAGAGAUUAGUUAAUUUUUACUUUCAAUUAAGAUGAACUUUAUUACUUCUAGUCAGAGUUCGUAUAUAAAGAGGAGUUAUUUCAUUACCAUAGAAAUCUUACAAGGCACCCAAACGGGCUAGUUACGCCGAUUGUUUACCCCAGCAAGGGGAAUUUUUAAACAUAUUUUACAGCUUAGUCGCAGUUUAUUUAUAGAACUCAAAAACUGCAAGUCACUUUUAAGCUUUAAUAUAUCUGCACAACUACUUGAAAAUUUGUUUUUCUUUAAUCUGCAUCCUGUAUUUGUAUUAAAAACAUAAACUAUAUUAAAUUUAGAUAUAUAUGUACAUAUUUAAAUUAUGUCUAUGAUGAAUUUAGCCCCACUUGCGGUGUGCUAUUGAUUUCUAUGGGCGACAUGAAAUAACUUAUGUUCAAAUACAGACUCUGCUUUUAAUAAUUUAUCUCUAAUUGCCUGAGACUGAAAAAAAUAAAAAAAAAUAAAAGAUUUUA